CUAACGCACCCAAGGGAUCUGGGGUUGGAAAGGCCAACUUCUCUCACCUAAUUUUUGGGUCAGCUUUCUCUGCCUGCCUCGCUACAUGGCACAAAUACAGAUGAGUGAUCAAGAAGUGACUUAUUCCAUCGUGAGAUUUCCUCGGUCACCUUUGGAGUCACAACAUAAAUUAAGGCCUGGUAGUACUCAAAGCCCUGGCAAGACUGAUGCAAAAGAGUCUUCAGUGCCCUGGUGUGGCAUUGCAGUGACUCUUGGGACCCUCUGUUUACUUCUGCUGAUGACAAGCGCAGUGUUGGGUACAAAGAUUUUUCAGUAUAUUCAACAAAAACAUCAACAGGAGGAAAUUCUACAGAACCUCAGUCAGAAGUACCAUGUUUUGCAAAAUGAGAGCUACUUAAAGGAGCAACUUUUGAUAAAUAAGAAUUUAGAAUAUGAUAUUCUAAAAACUAAAAUCCUUCAGCAAGAAAAGGGACUGGACUUACCCGCUACAAAAAAGAAGGGAUGUCAUAAACAAGAGGAGAUCUUUUCAAAGUUUUGGCCAAAUAUAGGCAAACUCAAUGAAGGCCACUGGUGCUGUCGAGGAGUAAACUGUUAUUACUUUACCACUGAAAGGAAAGACUGGAAGGGAUGUAAACGGACUUGCGAAAGUUACAGUUCAUCUCUUCUGAAGAUAGAUGAUGAAGACGAACGGACCUUCCUUCAAUCCCAGACUUAUCGAAGUUCCUACUGGAUUGGAUUAUCGUUUAAUGAAAGGGAAAGUAAGUGGAAAUGGAUUGACAAUGGCCUAUCUUCUGGACUUAAUUUGGCAAUAAUGACUUCUUCUGGGAGAGGAGAAUGUGCAUUUUUAACCUCAACAAGAACAGCAAAUAUUGCUUGCUCGAACACCUAUAAUUGUAUCUGUGAGAAGAGAAUUGGUUGCUUCAAAUAGACACUAAGGAGAAAAGGUGAAAUGGAAUUUUGUCUUUUGUUGGUGGUGGUGGUUUCCUGUAGUAAUUUUGGUUUUGACUGCAGGACUUUGUCCACUGCAGAAACAGAGAUGAGAUGGAGGAGGAAGAAAAUGCUCUUUUGGACUAUGGUUGAAGACAUCAGAUGCCAUCUGCCUUCUUGGGGAAGAGAGAAUCACUUUGUCUUUGGAGAGCAGUUACCCCUCUCUUUAAUGGCCUUGAGGAAUUACUCUCUCUUUCCCUGAAACACCCACAGAAUCAAUUAAAGAACUCUGAUAAAUAGCCUGGGUCUUUUCCUUAUCAAUAGGAUAAAUCAUUUCAAUAGACUCCGGCUUUCAGAGAUCACAGUUAAUAACUAAAAAGUAGUUAGCUUCCCUCCCACCCCAUCUAGAUGCUUGACUCUCAUUAAAAAAAAUAAUUUUGCUAUAAUUUCAAACUUACUGAAUAGUUGAAACAAUAGUAUAAGGAACCUUCAUAUAACCUUUACCCAUAUGUUUAUAUUUUACUCUGUGUGCACUUUAUAGUUUUUCUUUCUCUCUGUCUCUCUACUUGUUGAUUCAUUUGAUAAUAAAUCUAGGAUAUUACAUCUAUUUGUCUAAAUAUUUCACAAGAACAAGGACUUUGUCUUCUAUAGCCAUAGUGCAAUUGUCAAAAUCAGGAAAUUUAGCACUGGUACAGUACUAUGAUUGCAUCUAUAGCCCAUAUUUGAGUUUUCUCAACUGUAGCUCUAAUGUCAUUUAUGCCUGUUUUUCCUUUUUGUUCAGGAUCAUGUGAUAUAUUUAGUUGGGAAGUCUCUUUAGUCUCCUUUAAUCUGGGACACUUCUUCAGGAUUUCUUUGUCUUUCUUGACCUUGACAUUUUAAAAAUCAACUCUACUGAGUUGUAUUUUCAUGCAAUAAAAUGCAUUCAUUUUAAGUCAUGAGGUCAAUGGGUUUUAAACAAAUAUAUACACCUCUCAAACACCAUCAAAUCAAGGCACAGAACAUUCCCAUCACCUCCAGAAGUUCCUUUCUCCCUCUCACCACCCACCUGGUCUCAGGCAACCAGUGAUAUGCUUUCUGUGACUAUAAUUUAAUUUUGUCUGCUUUGUUACAGAAUUUUGUACAUCAUAUAUUCCUUUGUAUCUGGCUUGGUUUUGCUCAGCAUGUUUUUGACAUAAUCCCUGUUCUUUCAUGUAUCAGUAGUUCAUUCUUUCAGUAACUGAGUAGUAUUCCAUUGUAUAGAUAUACCACAGUUUGUUCAUCCAUGUUUGGACAUUUGAUGUGUUUCUGGUUUUUGGCUAUUAUGAAUAAACCUGCUAUGAGCAUUUAUGUGCAAGUGUCUGUGUGAACGCAUGCUUUUAUUUCUUUUUUAUUAAAUGCUUAGGAUUUUGAUUGCUGAGUCCUAUGGUAAGUGCAUAUUUAAUAAGAAACUUCUAAAUUGUUUUCCAAUGUGGUUGUAUCAUUUUACUUUCUCAUUAGCGACAUAUGAGAGUUCCAUAUCCCUUGCAUUGGCAGGCAGAUUCUUAACCACUGUGACACCAAGGAAGCCCAGGACACCAGUCAUAUUGUGUUAGGGCCCACUCUACUGACCUCCUCUUAACUCGAUUAAUCUACAAAGACCCUAUUUCCAAAUAAGGUCACAUUUAUAGUUGCAGGAGUUAGGAUUUAAACAUAUCUUUGUGGAGGACACAAUUCAACCCAUAACAAUAAUAUUCCCUUAUUAUCUGCUUCCUGUUUGUAGGAUCUGUAAUGAUGUCCUUUCUUUUAUGAUAUUGUUUGUAUUUCUGAUAUUAUUGAAUCUGUGUUUUUCUUUCUUGACCAG